UUGCCAGUGCUGAAAGGAAACAGCGCGUUCAUUCAAAAAGCCAUUAACCCUAAUAAGGGAGCAACAACUACAACUACAACAACAAGAACAACAACAGCUACGCAUGGCAUCGAUGUGCCAUUGUGCGGUGUAGUCACAGUUAAAGACGCCAGCCGCCAGCCGCUAGCCAAGUUGCCGCAGCUGUGCUGUAGCUGCCACACGCCGACAAUAGGACGUUAAGCGAAGCGCGUGCGUUUUGUUGAGCAGAAGUCUCGCGUCUUGCCACAAAUGUUGCCACCACGGCUGCUGAGUUUGCGGCUGCUGCGUUUGCCGCUGCAUUUAAUGGAACUGCGCAUACUAUUGCUCUGCCUGCCCACGCUGCUGCUGGCCACCACGCUGGAGCCAGACCAAAAGUCAAUACUCACAGAUAACGACUGGAAGAAGCUAUGGACGCGCAAUGGCAUAAAUGCCGACUCAAAAUUGGAUAAUAAUCUCGACUCCAGCGACAGUCCAAUGUUCGAGGACAGCGAGCUGAUGGCGCAUAAUACGACCGUCCAGCUGGGCGGCACCGCCUUUCUCGUCUGCAAGGUCACCGGCGUGGAUCGAGUGGGUGUAAAUUGGAAUCAAAUUUCUUGGAUACGGCGCCGAGACUGGCACAUAUUAUCCUCGGGCGCCCAGCUCUAUACAAAUGAUGAACGCUUCGCGAUACUCCACACGCCCGGCUCCAACAUGUGGACGCUGCAGAUAAAGUUUGUGCAGCGCCGGGAUCACGGCAUGUACGAGUGCCAGGUAUCCACACCGACUGGCAUCAUUUCGCACUUUGUGAAUCUUCAAGUGGUUGUGCCCGAGGCAUUUAUACUUGGCUCCGGUGAACUGCAUGUCGAUAUGGGCUCAACAAUCAAUUUGGUUUGCAUUAUUGAGAAGAGUCCAACACCACCGCAGUACGUGUACUGGCAGAAAAACGAUCGUCUCAUCAACUACUAUGACUCCAGGCGGGACAUAUCCAUUGAGACGACACCGGGUCCCCGCACCCAGAGCCGUCUUAUCAUACGCGAGCCCCAAAUCACCGAUUCCGGCAACUACACCUGCUCCGCCAGCAACACCGAGCCAGCUAGCAUUUAUGUCUUUGUAUCAAAAGGCGACAACAUGGCGGCCAUCUCGAGGCGCAAGACCUCCUCGGCCGAUCGCAUCACGCACAUAUUUAGGUCGAUGCUGGCGCCCUGUCUGCUGCUAAACACGGUCGUUGUAAGACGCAUUUUCUUGACCUAAGCAACUACAAUAGCAUACAGAAUAACAGCGCGAAAACACAAAAUGGAAUAUAUAAAUAUAAAUAAUAUAUAUAUAUACAUAGUAAAGUAUGAGAAUCCUAUUUAAGCUAUUUCAAUGUUAGAACUUAACAGCAACAAAUAUAUAAAUAAAUACUUAUA